AUGGCUCCCCCCACAUCAGGGGCCUUGAUUGGCAUAUCUGGUUGGCCAGAUGGCAUGCCACCGCCCCAGACAAGGAUCCGUGCUUGCGUCCUCUUGGCUCUUGCCACCAGCGCUCUCGCUGGCUACACCGGCUACGACCUUGGCCACGGUUACGGUCUUGGCUAUGGCUACGGUGGUCUAGGAUACGGCUAUGGUCUCGGUUGCUGUCGGUUGUUGUCAGUUGCCGCUGCUGCUCCAGCCGUCACCCGAGUUGCUGCCACCUACCACGCCCCAGCCGUUGCCACCUAUGCUGCUGCUCCAGUUGCCGCCUACGCUGCCACCCCAGCAAUCGCCAGCUACGCUGCUGCUCCAGCCGUCACCACGUACGCUGCUGCCCCAACUGUUGCCACCACCGCUUUCCACCACGCCCCAGCUGUGGCCAAUGUUGCCCACGCUGCCCCAGCUGUCGCUGCUUACCACGCCGCUCCAGUCUACAACUACGGUGUCGGAACCCUUGGUUACGGCGUUGGCCACUAUGGCUAUGGUCACGGUCUCCUCGGCUACGGCCUGAACUACGGCUAUGGUCUUGGCUCUCCCUACCACUACGGUGCCCUUCUCCGCAAGAAGAAGUAAACCAUCCAUCUGUACCUUAUCUGAAGAACCCGACAGGUUAUAGGCAUCGACUUCGAUCUAUCGCCAUCCUAUAUAUUGGAGGCAAU